AUGUCCCGCCAUCAAGCGUACCGUAAUUACGAUUACGAGAAUGAUCUCGACGAAUAUGAAGGCGAAGGGAUUUCAGAAGAAGAAGAAGAAGAAUUGAGUCCAGAAGACCGAGCCCAGAUGGACACUGGCACUGCUCAAGUUCGAACCGCCCUUGGAACUGAGUCGUCAAAGGUUACAACUCAACAAAUCCAAGAAGCGCUUUGGCAUUAUUACUAUGAUGUCGAUAAAUCUGUGGUUUACUUAACGACUAAGUUUAUCGCCCCUCCGAAUAAGAAUAAGAAGAAGGAUACGGGACCACAACAUCUCGCGAUUGCAGCCGGGAAAGGCAGAACAUCCCCAUUUGCCGAUUUCUUCAGCGACAUGCCAUGGUUAAACAUACCGAAGGAACGAGAGACAAUAUUCAUCGAACCACCACGGGUUCCAGGUGGCCUGUUAGGGGGCACCGGAACAACUGGCAAGAUGUCAAAGCUCCAGGCACUCGCUGCCGCGCGCAAGAAGAAGGCAGACAAUCAAAAAUCAGAAGAGAAACAGCCUCACGAAACAACACAGAAGCUCGGCAGUCUUUCUAUAACUUCGACGCAAGCUGAAUCCACGAAGACGAAGGAGAAUAUACGGCCAUCAAAAACUACCCCUAAAGACAAAACGGCUCUUACCGGGGCCAGCAUAACCACCUCCCAACAAAUCGAAUGCGAAAACUCAAAGACUGGAGACGAACAAAUCCAAGGUCAACUUGAUACGACUAAGGACAGACCAGCCAACUCGCCAAUCUCUGUUAGCUCGUCGCCUAUGGAUGUUCCAUUUGAGACGGCCGUGCCAUCCCCCUUUGCCCAGGCUCUCCUCGGUUCUGUUAACAACUCUGCUUCAAUCGCGCCGAGAAACUUUUCGUUUCCUUAUAUGAAUUUUACUUCAUCAGUAGCUGACGCCUUCUCAGCUCCAAGUCCAGAUGACAUAGUCCUAACGGCACAAUCCCAAGCAAGCAGUAAGAAGAUCGCUGCUAGUAUACCUAAGAAGAAAGCCGACUCAGGAGGGAGGAGUGAUGAGGUUACAGAAAACGUGAAAGGCCUCAAAAUCGAUGAUGCGCCGUUGCCGAAAAGCAAGAAUCUCGAUGUGCUAAAGGAGUUCGACAAGAGCAAAGGCAAAAAGAGCGCAAGUUUUGUAGUUGUCGGUCAUGUGGAUGCUGGCAAGAGCACUCUAAUGGGUCGCUUACUUCUCGAUCUCAGCGUCGUCGACCAAAGAACCAUACAGAAAUACCGUAAAGAAGCCGAAAGUAUAGGAAAAUCCUCGUUUGCACUUGCGUGGGUUUUAGACCAACGGUCAGAAGAGCGCUCGAGAGGCGUAACUAUCGACAUUGCGACGAACAAGUUCGAGACAGAAAGCACCUCAUUCACAAUUCUUGAUGCGCCCGGGCACCGCGACUUCAUCCCCAACAUGAUCGCAGGUGCAAGCCAAGCAGAUUUUGCAAUCUUAGUAGUUGAUGCUACCACCGGAGCAUUCGAGGCGGGGCUCAAGGGGCAAACAAGAGAACAUUCUCUUCUCAUCCGCAGCAUGGGAGUGUCACGCGUAAUCGUUGCCAUCAAUAAACUAGACACAAUUGGGUGGUCACAAGAUCGAUUCGACGAGAUUUCCCAGCAAGUUUCCGGCUUCUUAUCGGCAACAGGAUUUCAGCUUAAAAAUAUUAGCUUUAUUCCUGUCUCUGGCUUACACGGAGACAACAUAACGAAGAGAUCCACGAACGAGGCGGCUAGUUGGUAUCGGGGGAAAACUCUCAUCGAGGAGUUGGAGAGUUCGGAGCCAAUGGCCCGGGCAUUGCACAAACCUUUGCGCUUGACGGUUUCCGAGGUCUACCGCUCAACACAAAGUCCACUUACAAUCUCCGGACGGAUAGAUGCCGGGUCAUUGCAAUCAGGAGACGCGCUCCUCAUCCAACCUAGUGGAGAGAAAGCCUACGUCAAAUCUUUGGAACUCGAUCAAGAAUCAGUGGAUUGGGCUGUGGCAGGACAAAACAUAGUCAUUCACCUCAGCAAUAUCGAUCCGAUACACGUGCGUGUCGGUGAUAUUGUCUGCGAUACGAAACAACCAAUCACUUGUAUUGACACAUUCACGGUCAAAGUUCUUGCAUUUGACAUUCUGAUGCCAAUGCAGGUAGAUGUCCACAGGGGACGUCUACACGCGGCAGGUCAAAUUUUAGAGAUACCGGCGCUCUUAGAUAAGACCAGAGGUACGGUGCUGAAGAAGAAGCCCAGAAUCGUGAAGCCGGGGAACGUCGCGAGAGUAGUGGUCAAGAUGGGAACCAAGGUGCCGCUAGAAGCGGGUCAGCGGGUUGUUUUAAGAAGCGGAGGUGAGACGGUCGCCGCCGGGUUAUUGGAGUGA